AUGGCCGAAUUCACUGCAGAUUUGCAAAGCUUUAGACCCUCCUUUCCUUUCUUAGACAUCGAUAACAUGGAAAUUCAGAACUUGGUGCCAUUUGACAGCUUAUUGGGCUCUCCAGAACCUGAAUUUCCAGGAAACUUGGAAGAAUUUUUUCCGGGUCUUUUUCAAUGUGUGGAUCACAAUGUAGCUCCAGUGUUAGUUCCUAUUAGUUCAGAAAAAAAUGAAGUCCAUGAAUAUAAAAAGAGGGAAGCAACUGAUAUGUGUGAUCCCAGUUCUGGUAACUCAACCCCUGAUAUUUCUGAGAGUGGAAGCAAGACAAAAAAUAGUACAGGAAGAAACAAGAGAGUAAAGAGGAAUGUUGUAGAAGACAAGAAACCAAACCAAGUAGUUCAUGUUAGAGCCAAAAGAGGUCAAGCUACAGAUAGUCACAGUUUAGCAGAAAGGGUUAGAAGAGGGAAAAUCAAUGAAAAACUUAGGUGCUUACAGAACAUUGUCCCAGGAUGUUACAAGACCAUGGGUAUGGCAAUAAUGUUAGACGAGAUCAUAAAUUAUGUGCAGUCCUUGCAGCAUCAAGUGGAGUUCCUCUCUAUGAAGCUUAGUGCAGCAAGUACCUAUUAUGACUUCAAUUCAGAGUCAGAUGCUUUAGAAACAAUACAGAGAGCAAAGGCAUCCGAGGCAAAAGAGUUAGGGAAUUAUGUAAGAGAAGGAAGUGAAGGAGUUUCUUGCUUUGAAGCAGCAUGGCCUUGGUCUCUGUAA